AUGUCGAACGCAAGCAGAGGAAAUGUGGGUGGUUGGCUCCGUGGCACAACUAUCCGCAAAAACGCCAAUACGCCGAGUGGCUCGCGUUCCUUGACCCCGCAAGUUCCUCAGAGCACCUCUACUACUAUCUUCGGGGGAGGGGUGAAGGACCCUUCGAACAGAGUUCAAGAAUAUCGCUCCCCGGACGACCAGUGCCCGCAAUGCAAGUCCGACCGAUACCUGAACCCGAGCCUACGUCUCCUCGUCAGCGCGUGCUAUCAUAAAUUGUGUGAAGGAUGCAUAGACCGAAUCUUCUGUCUUGGACCUGCACCAUGUCCAAAAUGUGGCAAGAUUCUACGAAAGCUCUCGUUCAUGCCACAAACCUUCGAAGACCUUGUCGUAGAGAAGGAAGUUGUCGUUCGCAAACAAAUCGCCAAAGACUUCAACAAACAGCGAGAUGACUUUCCCGACCUCAAAUCCUAUAACAACUAUCUUGAAGAAGUCGAGGACCUCACCUUCAAUCUCAUCAAUGACAUCGACGUUGAAGCGACACAAAAGCGCAUCGCCGAUUAUCGACGCGAGAAUGCAGCGCUAAUUGAAGCCAACAUUCAACGCGAACAAUCCUACGCCAAAGCCCUCCUCGAGGCCGACGAGGCCCAAAAGCGCGAACGCCAACUCCGCGCAGACGAGCUCCGUCAAGCCGAGGAAGCCGAGCGACUCGCCGUCGAAACCGAAAAGAAUGCGCUCAUAGACUCGCUCGAACGCAACUCCACCGCGGAUGCGCAUCGGCUCGUGGCCAAGUCAAGGAUGGAGGCUGUCAAGCGGGCGAAGGAGAGAACGAAGGAGGCAAACCAUGCGGUGCAUCAGAGCGCGGCGAUGUUGUUGAGGUCGAGGGCGGCGCAGAGUGCGACGGUGCCAGACGUGCCUCAUGUGCCGUUGCAGGACGAUUGGGACGCGUAUGAGGAUAAGUAUACGAUGAUGAGCAGUUAUUAUGACCCGGUCAGUGAGUUAGUGAGGAAGGACAGGGAGGGGAUCAUGAGGGCCGGUGGGUAUCGGGUGGAGGAGGCUUGGGAGAGGGCAUUGAGGAGUGCGGUGGCGGGUUUGGAUGUGCCGCCACUGACAGACUCGACCGUUGUGUCGCAGAAGGUGCGUGUGGGCGGGGCAGAUGCGGUAUCAGCCUCUACAUAG